AAUUCAGUAGUUUUUCACUUUUUAGUAUACGGAAAACAUCAUACUUAAAUUUAAUUUAGAAAAUUUCCCUAAAUAUAAGACUUUAAUAGAAAUAUAAGUAAGUUUGGGACUUAUAAAACAUGGACUCAUCGAUUCAUAGGAUUAUUGUUAUAGUUGGAUUUAUUUCUUUAUUUCAUUCCGCAUUCUCGGCAGCGCAGCAUCGCACUUACUUAAGGAUCACUUCACAAGAAUUUACGACUUUACCUUUAGAUAUUGUACUCCAAGCAGUAUUAAGUUUAUUUGCUGUAAUGUGGGGUGUACUGAAUGUAGCUGGUAAUCUCCGAGAAAUACCCGCAGCAGCAGAAUUGAACAACAUCAAAUGGGAGACACAACGUAACCUGCCAUCUUUCUACAUCUUUAACCACAGAGGAAGAGCCCUAGCAUGCAAUUAUGUACCUAGUCCAAGUAAAAGUGAUUUAGACAAUUUAGAAUGAUUGAUUUGAUAGUUAAUUUCUAUUUAUAAUCUAAAUCUUAUUUUAGUUUUC